CUUUCCCCCCUUCCUGCCCCGCUUCCCUCUGCCGCCGCCCUCCCGGGGGUCUCGCUCCGGCCAGGCGCGGUUGCCAUGGCGACGGGGCGGUGGCCGCUUUGGCUGGCGGCCGUGUGCGGCCUCUUCUGCGGGGCGGUCCUGGCGGGGGCCGCCAACGCCACUGGCGGGCCCCCCAACCUGGUCGUGUUGCUGAUGGACGACAUGGGAUGGGGUGACCUAGGAGUGUUUGGGCAUCCUUCCAAAGAAACUCCAAAUUUAGACCGGAUGGCUUCCGAAGGGAUGCUUUUCCCAAGCUUCUAUGCUGCCAACCCUCUCUGUUCUCCAUCCAGGGCAGCAUUACUGACAGGCCGCCUCCCGAUCCGGAACGGCUUCUACACCACAAACGCCCACGCCAGAAAUGCCUACACACCCCAGGAGAUAGUCGGGGGCAUCCCAGAUUCUGAACUGCUCCUUCCAGAGCUGCUGAAGAAAGCCGGCUACGUCAAUAAGAUUGUUGGCAAAUGGCAUCUUGGCCACCAGCCCGCGUUCCAUCCGCUGAAGCACGGCUUUGACAAGUGGUUUGGAUCCCCCAACUGCCACUUCGGACCUUACGACAAUAAAGCCACUCCGAAUAUCCCCGUCUACAGGGACUGGGAGAUGAUUGGCAGGUAUUACGAAGAUCUAGAAAUUGAUCAUAAGACAGGGGAGUCAAACCUGACUCAAAUCUACUUGCAGGAAGCCCUGAAUUUCAUUAGCGCACAGCAAGCCAUCCAGCAGCCGUUCUUUCUGUACUGGGCAAUCGAUGCCACUCACGCACCUGUGUAUGCCUCCAGGGAAUUCUUGGGUACCAGCCAACGAGGACUGUACGGCGAUGCAGUGCGGGAGAUUGAUAGCAGCGUGGGAAGAAUACUGAGCCACCUUCAGAAGCUGGGUGUCAGCGAGAACACCUUGGUCUUCUUCACCUCCGACAACGGAGCCGCGCUCAUUUCUGCUCCUGAACACGGAGGCAGCAAUGGCCCUUUUCUGUGCGGCAAAGAAACGACCUUUGAAGGCGGCAUGCGGGAACCAGCCAUCGCCUGGUGGCCAGGGCAUAUCCCUGCUGGGCAGGUGAGUCAUCAGCUGGCAAGCGUGAUGGAUCUCUUCACCACCGGCCUCGCACUGGCAGGACUGCAGCCGCCCAGUGACAGACAGAUCGACGGCAUCGACCUUUUACCUGUCAUCCUGCAGGGCAAGUUAAUUGACAGGCCAGUAUUUUAUUACCGUGGCAACGAGAUGAUGGCAGUGCGGAUCGGGCUUUACAAGGCCCAUUACUGGACCUGGAGUAACUCCUGGGAGCAAUUCAGUCAGGGUAUUGAUUUUUGCCCCGGGCAGAAUGUUUCCGGAGUGACCACCCACGUGCAAGAGGAGCACACCCAGCUUCCGCUGCUGUUCCACCUGGGGAAGGACCCUGGAGAAAAGUACCCGAUCAGUUUUUCUAGCGUCGAGUACCAGACCAUCCUGGAAAGAAUCUCUCCGGUCGUCCGGCGGCAUCAGGAGACGUUGCUACCUGGGCAACCUCAGCUGAACGUCUGUGACAAAGCAGUCAUGAACUGGGCCCCUCAAGGCUGCGAGAAGCUGGGCAAGUGCUUGAAGGCUCCCCCUUCGGACCCACAGAAGUGCUUCUGGCCCCACUGACAGCCGGCUGGAGAUCAUGCGUAUCCAGAAGAGUGUUUCCUUUCUCAGGGUUAUUUGGGGAGGGGGAGGGGCUUGUGAAUGCGGCCUCUGUGCCUUUGAAGAGGACUGUUGCAGCCAUUGCCAGAUUGAUGAAACAAAGCCCCUUUGGGCUCUCCCGGCCUGCGUCAAGCAGUGCCCGCCCACGUACUAUGUGGGUGAAUUCGAAGUGUUCAGAAGCUUGCAGGGGCAAAAGCUUCCUCAUGCACUAUGCAAUGUUCAUGGCUCUGUCGUGGAAUACAGAGCUGCCCGUAGCUAUUACUUGUUCAUUGGAACCUCCAUGUCUAGCAGCAGUAUACCCCUAAAGCACCAGUUGCUGGUGGGAAGCGCUGUUGCCUUCGUUUUCUGCUUGCGGGUUUUCCCAAGGGCACCAGGCUGGAAAAAGAAUGCUCCUUGGGUGGAAGUUUGUGAGUUCUUUUCUGUGCAAACAACAGCUGUCACUCCUACAGGCAUUCCUUUCGGACUUGGAUUCCAAUUGUGCAUUUUCGUGCCAAAGAUUAAUAUGAAGGACCUUUUGCUUGGAAAAAAAGUUCCCAUAAUUGUGGCUCAUGAAACCUCAUUCUGUACCUUUUGUUAGAAUGCUGACUUUUUAAAAGUACGCGUGUCAGAUUUUUAACUUUUAACUGUUGGCGUUCGUAAGGAAUGAAGUCAAAUAAAGUGUUUGAUCUUUA